UGUAGUGUUCUGUUUUGAGACAGGGAAAAAAAAACUUGGCAGUACAACUAGCAAAGGUUUAUUUAUGAGAACAGAUAGAUAUUACGCAGAAAUCCGCGAGUGUAAAAUAGAUAAGAAGUGUAAUCUGACUUUACCGUCAAAGAACCGGGGGAUGUAGCCGGUCAGUUUAUCCCGUUCACAUAUGCUUGCUCUGAGAUUAAGAUACAAGCGAGUCGGUCUGGCUAAUCUGCUCGCUAUGGUGACACACCAUCGGUUUACCUGGUAGCUAACUAGCUAGUUAGCCUAGCGAGAAUAUCUGGGACCUUUUGUGCUCUGUAGAAAUUCAGAUAUCUGUCCCAUUUGAAGACAGUUGUUGUGAUAGGACCAGUAACUCCAGAUAUUUGUUAGAUAGCAAGGUUAGCUAGUGUGAUAGCUUCACGAUUUAGCGUGCUAGCUAACGUAAACGGUAACGCUAGCUACACCCUUGUCCUACACAUUUUUUGGUAUCCAGCCAGCUGGAUUGGACAGCGAACGGUUGAGGACUAUGUCUUCGGCAGCCACCUCACCCCCGUCUGUAGAUAAGAUGGACGGCUUCUCCAGAAAGUCGGUCCGAAAAGCUAAGCAGAGGCGUGCGCAGAGCUCGUCUCAGUUCAGAUCUCAGGACAAACCCAUUGAGCUGGUGCAGCUUCCGCUGAUGAAAGAUGUCUCUGCUCAUGAGCAGCCGGAGCUGUUCCUUAAGAAACUGCAACAGUGUUGCACACUGUUUGACUUCAUGGACACACUUUCAGACCUCAAGAUGAAGGAGUACAAGCGCUCCACCCUCAAUGAGCUGGUGGACUAUGUCACAGUCAGCCGUGGCUACCUGACUGAACAGACCUAUCCAGAGGUCGUCAAAAUGGUCUCCUGUAACAUAUUCCGGACUCUUCCACCUAGUGACAGUAAUGAGUUUGACCCAGAGGAGGAUGAGCCCACGUUGGAGGCCUCAUGGCCACACUUACAGCUUGUCUAUGAGUUCUUCAUUCGCUUCCUGGAGAGUCAGGAAUUUCAGCCCAGCAUUGCCAAAAAAUACAUUGACCAGAAAUUUGUACUACAGCUUCUGGAGCUGUUUGACAGCGAGGACCCUCGUGAGAGAGACUGCCUAAAGACUGUCCUGCACAGAAUUUACGGCAAAUUCCUGGGCCUCAGGGCAUUUAUCCGCAAACAGAUCAACAACAUUUUUCUAGGGUUUGUAUAUGAAACUGAGCACUUCAAUGGAGUGGCUGAGCUGCUGGAGAUUUUGGGAAGUAUCAUCAAUGGUUUUGCACUUCCACUGAAGGCUGAACACAAGCAGUUCCUGGUGAAGGUGUUACUGCCUCUGCACUCAGCCAGGAGUCUGUCCCUGUUCCAUGCUCAGUUGGCCUACUGUAUUGUACAAUUCCUAGAGAAAGACCCAACGCUAACAGAACCUGUGAUAAGAGGCUUGUUGAAGUUCUGGCCAAAAACCUGCAGUCAGAAAGAGGUUAUGUUCCUCGGGGAGCUGGAAGAGAUCGUGGAUGUGAUUGAACCCACACAGUUCGUCAAGAUCCAGGAGCCACUGUUCAAGCAAAUAUCCAGAUGCGUGUCUAGUCCACACUUUCAGGUGGCUGAACGAGCUCUUUACUACUGGAACAAUGAGUACAUUAUGAGUCUAAUAGAGGAGAACUCCAGCGUCAUCCUGCCUAUCAUGUUUGCCAGUCUUUACAGGAUCUCCAAGGAGCACUGGAACCCAUCGAUAUCCGCUUUAAUCUACAAUGUGCUUAAAGCAUUUAUGGAGAUGAACAGUGCACUGUUUGACGAACUGGCCGCAAACUACAAAUCGGACCGUCAGAGGGAAAAGAAGAAAGAAAAGGAGCGGGAGGACCUGUGGCAGAGGCUGGAAGAGCUAGAGCUGAGGCGGGGGCUCCAGAACAGCGACGGCAUCAUUCCCACCUAACACGACUCCACCGUUAUGUCUGGCUCCACCCAGUCACCUCCUUCUACCACAGGGACUCCACCCCCCCUCCCAUGCUUCUUGUGCUACACACUUUACUGUACACUCCUACGUUUUGUUUAUCCCAUUUUUUUUUUCAACAGCACUGUAAAAAAAAAAAAUUCCUUCUUCUAUUUCCUUUACAAUGAUACUACUCUGAAAGAACAGACAAUAAAAAAGGAGAAAAAAAACCAGAGAGAAAAGGAGGUGUGUACCUUAGGGAAGAAAAGACUUCAUAUACUCUCGUUGUUUAACAAAAAAAAAAAAGGCAGAAAAAAAUGCGCUAAUCAACUGAUGAAGGGAUAUAUUUUGACAACCCUAUGCCUGAGAACAGGAGUCUCAUUUCAACUUGUUUCUAAAGAGUAUGGUCCUACAGAUCCCUCCUAAUGCAGUGGGGGUCUGCAUUCAUUACAUCAUACCGUCUUGUGGGGCCCCUCUUCCACCCUGAGUCCUCCCCGUCCCCCCCCCCCCCCUUUUCUCCUCAAGGAAAGACUUGAUUGCACAUAACAUUUGUAUUCCUGUCCAAGAAAUGUGCGGCUACUGUACAAGAGUCCCCAAACCUCACGCAGUCAAGAACAAUGAAAAUGACAAUGAGUUCAACCUUAGAAGCUCCUUUUUAUUGCCUACAUCACUUUUUUUACAUGCUGCCACAAAUGUGAUCAUCCCAGGUUCUUUUGUUUGUAAGGACAUGUGCCAGUCUGGCACUGGUACCACUGACCAGGAAUUGCUUCAUAAAAGUAUAGGCAGCAGUAGGCUACAAGAGUUGCCAAGACAUUAUAUCCUUGAAGUAUUUUUUUAUGUUUGAAAAGGGUAAUAACCUGCUCUCUGUAAGAGCUCUGCUUCAGAGACCUCUUGGGAAUGUCAGACUGGCAAUUCAGCGUUUACCAAGAAGGACAUUGCAGUUUAAGUAUGGCCUCAGACAUGAGUUUUUCACUCCAUAUCAAGAAGUCUGUUCUUUUCUUGUCACAGUGUUUAGAAAUUAUUCAGUGUUUUUUAAAAGUUAAGUGAUUUUGUUUUAAACUCUUAUCCUGGACUUUUAGCCAUGGGUCACUCUGAUGUCUACUGCUUUUCAUUUCGGUCAGCUUUGUGGUUCAGGAUGGUUGGAUGCCCUUUAAAUAAUUCAGUAGCGCUAAAAAAAAAAAGUAAGGGCGUUAAAGGAGUGUUUGUAACACAAACCUGCAUAUGUGGGGUAGUUUCAAGGCCCUUUUGGGGAAAAUACUGAUUCAAUAAGUCUUGCUCCUCAACAGAAAUGCCAGCCAAUGCGGUGGGUUAGGACUAAAGCACUUGGAGUUAGAUCUUUUAUUGUAUUCACAGGAAUCAAUAUUCUCUUUAUUUUGUUUUAUUUCAGUUCCAUACCAUGGGUGUGGAUUUUACAUGUAAGGAUGCUUUGAAAAUCUCUCUGGCUGUCUUGCAUUUUCCCCCUCUAUGGGCCCCUGUUCCUUCCUUCGCUUACAUACAUAUUGUGUGUUUUAUGAUGGCCCAACUAAGUUCAAUGUUAAAAAUUCGAAAGAAAAAGGUUUGAUGAAUAGAAUAAAUCUAAUUAUUUUAAAAAGGACAGAGAUAUUAAAUAAACCUCUUUUGUGAUAAAA